GCCAGGGGGGUUUCGCUUCAUCGAGUUGGGCGCUUCAAAAUACGUCGCGGAUUAAGAUUGCAUGGCGAUGGUCGUUGCGGGGGUCGUGCCCAAACGCCUCGGUUUGAAGUAUAGCCCGGUUCCCACGCUUGCACUCGAGUACGAAGACAUUCGAGACGCCCGACAGCUCAAGCUGGCCGUCGUCGAGCUGCCGCACUUAACACUCCACGCAACGCCGUCCGAAGUCGCUGCAACUGUUCAGAAGGAGCAUGAGCUCUUCGCUCCGAGUUUGGUCAACGAAGACCAGCUCGUCCGCCUCAUGCAGCGAUUGCUCCAGAGCCAGCGUGACCUCCUGGCCACAUGCAGUGACCACGAAGCUCCACCGACGGCUCCGACGGCCGGGAUGACAUCGACGUCGAUAAAUUCGAGCCCAAAGAAAGUAGAAGCAAACAAGGACGAGAAAGGCCAUGAAAGUGGCGACGAGGAUGGCCGAGACGACAGCUGUGACGACGAGAAUGAAGAUUGCACGACACAAUCACCGCAGCACGUCCCUGCGGCGGAGCCGGCACCCGAGGAACCCAAAGCGCAAUCGAAUCCACUUGAGCAGCGAAAAGAGGUGGUGGAAACGACCAAGGAUGACAGUGAGUUUGACGAAUCGUUUGAGGAAGAAUCGUUCGUUGAAGCCAGCGCAGAAACGGGGAGUUUCUUGACCCAGCCACCCACGACCAAGCACACCGACGACGAAGAUGAAGUCUUGGGGUCGAUAACAGGCACGUUUGGUAGUGGAUCCGUCAGGGCUGAAGCAACAGGACCCCACCCUACCCCAGUCGCUGCAAAAAGUAUGGAAACACCCAAAGUAUCAAGUGAGGACAAGGAGUCGAAGGCGACUGCAGUCGACGAGAGCGCAGACGACAUUCCAUCCGAGGAAGAACUAGAGUACUUUUCUGGCGGCGACGAAAGUGGCGAGGACGACGGAUUUUAAUCAGCGAGCCGCGACUUGCAACACAGUUCCGUCCAUCUCGUCUCAUCAUUGUCCACAGGGGUCUUCAUAUUGAGCAUGGUUCCAAUAAUCCAUUCAAGCCUUCUCCACGUCUCCAAUCGUGCUGCAUCUGUAGACGUCAGCCCGUCCUGUGUUUGAGCGCGCUGAGACGAGC